CCGUGGCUCGUCCAGAUUUCCUAACAGGUCCCUGCUAAUUCUUUGCCAAAACUAGCUGUGGAUGUCUUCCUUUUAAUCUCCCAUAAUGCCUUAUUCGAUUAUUGUCAAUGCUCUCCAAGCGUGUACUGUCCCUUCAAACAUCUAAUUCCCUGAGCUAAACAAGUCAGUUGAGUCUUAACCGUUAUACGGAAGUCAAAGAGCAAAAAGGGGGGAUAUUUUCCAUCUGCAUCACAUACUUCUGCACUGAAUUUUAACUGGAUUAUUGAGAAAAAAUAAAGAAAAAAAAAUUAUGACAUGUGAAACUUAACACGGUAAUUUGGUAAAAAGAUUUCACUGGUCAUUUUCACUGCACUGAGACAUGGCUUGGAUGAUCUUCUGGUUAUGCUACUUCAAUUUAAGGGCAAGUAGAGGUCUUGGAGAAUACACAGUUCAUGACAAUAUAUACUCUGAAAAUAUAACUCGCAUCUUGGAUAGGCUACUAGAUGGUUAUGAUAACAGACUCCGUCCUGGAUUUGGAGGUCCUGUAACUGAAGUCAAAACUGAUAUCUAUGUGACUAGCUUUGGUCCAGUUUCAGAUGUUGAAAUGGAAUACACAAUGGAUGUUUUUUUCCGGCAGACAUGGAUUGACGAACGGCUAAAAUUUGAUGGUCCUACAGAAAUACUUAGGUUAAAUAAUUUAAUGGUCAGUAAGAUUUGGACACCAGACACUUUUUUUAGAAAUGGGAAAAGGUCAAUCUCUCAUAAUAUGACGACACCCAAUAAACUGUUCCGAAUUAUGCAGAAUGGAACAAUCCUCUAUACUAUGAGAUUGACAAUUAAAGCAGAAUGUCCUAUGAGGUUAAUGAAUUUUCCUAUGGAUGGACAUGCAUGCCCUCUGAAGUUUGGCAGCUAUGCAUAUCCAAAAAGUGAAAUUGUUUAUACGUGGAAGAAAGGACCUUUAUACUCGGUUGAGGUACCAGAAGAAUCUUCAAGUCUUCUUCAAUAUGAUCUUGUUGGGCAAACAGUUUCAAGUGAAACAAUGAAAUCUAAUACAGGUGAAUACAUUGUAAUGACAGUGCAUUUCCACCUGCAAAGGAAAAUGGGAUAUUUUGUUAUACAGACGUAUAUCCCUUGCAUAAUGACCGUCAUUCUUUCUCAGGUGUCUUUUUGGAUCAACAAAGAAUCUGUUCCGGCUAGAACAGUUUUUGGGAUUACAACAGUUCUUACAAUGACCACUUUAAGCAUCAGUGCAAGGCACUCCUUCCCAAAAGUAUCAUAUGCAACUGCAAUGGACUGGUUUAUAGCUGUCUGUUUUGCCUUCGUAUUCUCUGCACUCAUUGAGUUUGCUGCAGUGAAUUAUUUUACCAAUCUCCAGAUUCAAAAAGCUAUGAUGAAGGUUGUGAAACAAACAGCUACCUUAGCAGCAGUGACUGUGACAGCGGUGGCAGAGGAUGAGAUUGUCACACAUUCUGAUUCCAACUGCAACUUAAAGAAAAGAAUUAACUCAAUGGUCUCUCAAGGCGAUGUAUCACUUGAAGACAAUGUACCACCCUAUGGAGCACCAUAUUGUCAACAGACUGAUGUUCCUGCUGCAGACCUUACACAACUUGGAAUCUCAUCAAGUCCUUAUAGUGGAACUAGUAAAAUAGACCAGUAUGCCAGAAUACUAUUUCCAUUGGCGUUUGCAGGAUUUAAUUUAGUAUACUGGGUGGUCUAUCUCUCUAAAGACACAAUGGAAUUAAAUCGCAGCGUUUGAAAUUUUACCCACAAGGAAAUAAGCGGUGAGCAACUCUUAAUUGACAUUUGAAAGAUAAAUGUUGUAUCAUUAUUAUUGAAACAAUAAUAGCAGUUCUUAUUUUAUUGUCAUUAGCUAAAUUAAUAAGUGUGCAAUGCUGAAUAAUUAAACUUAAAAUUAUAUUA